AUGCACAGUCAAUUAUUGGCAAUGGCAGUUUCUGGGUGGAAGAAAAUGCACAGUCAAUUAUUGGCAAUGGCAGUUUCUGGGUGGAAGAAUAUGCACAGUCAAUUAUUGGCAAUGGCAGUUUCUGGGUGGAAGAAAAUGCACAGUCAAUUAUUGGCAAUGGCAGUUUCUGGGUGGAAGAAAAUGCACAGUCAAUUAUUGGCAAUGGCAGUUUCUGGGUGGAAGAAAAUGCACAGUCAAUUAUUGGCAAUGGUAGUUUCUGGGUGGAAGAAAAUGCACAGUCAAUUAUUGGCAAUGGCAGUUUCUGGGUGGAAGAAAAUGCACAGUCAAUUAUUGGCAAUGGUAGUUUCUGGGUGGAAGAAAAUGCGCAGUCAAUUAUUGGCAAUGGCAGUUUCUGGGUGGAAGAAAAUGCACAGUCAAUUAUUGGCAAUGGCAGUUUCUGGGUGGAAGAAUAUGCACAGUCAAUUAUUGGCAAUGGCAGUUUCUGGGUGGAAGAAAAUGCACAGUCAAUUAUUGGCAAUGGCAGUUUCUGGGUGGAAGAAUAUGCACAGUCAAUUAUUGGCAAUGGCAGUUUCUGGGUGGAAGAAAAUGCACAGUCAAUUAUUGGCAAUGGCAGUUUCUGGGUGGAAGAAAAUGCACAGUCAAUUAUUGGCAAUGGCAGUUUCUGGGUGGAAGAAAAUGCACAGUCAAUUAUUGGCAAUGGCAGUUUCUGGGUGGAAGAAAAUGCACAGUCAAUUAUUGGCAAUGGUAGUUUCUGGGUGGAAGAAAAUACGAAAAGACAUUCAAACAGAUUUAAAAAAAAAACACAGCUAG